AUGAAUUUCUUCAAAAUUCAAUACCACCUUCACUUAUUCUUCGUGCUUUCUUUAUUCAUUUUAUGUUUUGUACCAAAUAGUCAUCAAAGCAAAGUAAAAUUUGGAGCAGUAGCCGUACUUAUGAACAAUAAACCCGACCAACCCCAAAUUAAUGGAAUUGUUAAUUUCACUCAAUUAAAUUUACAUAAGACGCCGGGAGGACAUUAUAAUCCAUUUAAUUUAACUCACGGAGCUCCUUAUGACAUAAUUCGACAUAUAGGUGAUUUGGGUAAUGUUAAAGCUUCACAAAAUGGAACUGUACAGACAACAAUAUAUGAUAAAUUCGUUAAAUUAACUGGUCCUUUUUCAGUCAUUGGACGAACUAUAGUUAUUCAUGCAGGUCAAGAUGAUCUUGGAAGAGGUAAUAAUGCAACUUCACUUACAAAUGGAAAUUCCGGAGCUCGUGUGGCAUGUGGCGUUAUUGGUUGGCGUAAUAUAACUCAAGCUUAG